AUUAUAGUACCUAUAGCCAAGCUGCAGCUCAGCAGGGCUACAGCGCGUAUGCACCUCAGCCAGCUCAAGGAUAUGCACAGACCACCCAGACAUAUGGGCAACAGAGUUACGGAACCUACGGACAACCCACCGACGUCAGCUACACACAGCCCCAGACGACUGCGACGUACGGGCAGACUGCGUAUGCAACGUCCUACGGGCAGCCUCCUACCGGUUAUACCACCCCAACUGCCCCCCCAGCGUACAGUCAGCCCGUCCAGGGGUACGGCACAGCCGCCUACGAUACUAACACCGCUACGGUUACCACCACCCAGGCUUCCUACGCAGCACCGUCCGCUUACGGCACCCAGCCCGCCUACCCAGCCUACGGGCAGCAGCCAGCAGCGUCCGCUCCCGCAAGACCCCAGGAUGGCAGCAAACCAGCAGAGACCAGCCAGCCGCAAUCGAGCACGACGGGCUACAGCCAGCCCAGCCUAGGGUAUGGACAGAGCAACUACAGCUAUCCUCAGGUGCCUGCCAGCUACCCCAUGCAGCCGGUCACUGCGCCUCCCUCCUAUCCUCCUACCAGCUAUUCCUCUACACAGCCAAGCAGUUACGAUCAGAGCACUUACUCCCAGCAGAGCACCUACGGGCAACAGAGCACCUACGGGCAACAGACUAGCUAUGGCCAGCAAAGCAGCUACGGGCAGCAGCCGCCGCCGACUAGUUACCCGCCCCAGACGGGAUCCUACAGCCAGGCCCCGAGCCAGUACAGCCAGCAGAGCAGCAGUUACGGCCAACAGAGCUCGUUCCGUCAGGACCAUCCUAGCAGCAUGAACGUAUACGGGCAGGAAUCCGGAGGCUUUUCAGGCCCAGGAGAGAACCGGAAUAUGAGCGGCCCUGAUAACCGGGGCAGGGGAAGAGGGGGAUAUGAUCGCGGAGGCAUGAGCAGAGGUGGGCGGGGAGGAGGACGCGGUGGAAUGGGCAGCGCUGGAGAGCGAGGUGGCUUCAAUAAGCCUGGUGGACACAUGGAAGAAGGACCGGACCUUGAUUUAGGCCCACCUAUGGACCCGGACGAGGACUCGGACAACAGUUCAGUUUAUGUGCAGGGACUCAAUGAUAAUGUGACCCUGGAGGAUCUGGCAGACUUCUUCAAACAGUGCGGUGUUGUCAAGAUGAACAAGAGGACUGGGCAGCCUAUGAUAAACCUCUACAUCGACAAAGAAACCGGCAAACCAAAAGGAGAUGCCACGGUAUCUUACGAUGACCCGUCUACCGCCAAAACAGCGGUCGAAUGGUUUGAUGGGAAGGAUUUCCAGGGGAGCAAGCUCAAAGUCACCCUCGCGCGGAAGAAGGGCCCGAUGAACAGCAUGCGAGGCGGGAUGCCCCCGCGUGAGCAGCGGGGAAUGCCUCCCCCGCUCCGCCCGGGCGCCCACCUCUGCCGACACGCCAACAACGUCAACCGCAUCGCCCUGGACUUCCAGCGGCGGCACCCCGAGGUGGCCGCCCGUAUGCGCGUCCCCCAGAACGAGGUCGUCUUCCAAGCCAGGAACGUGGUGCCCGGGUCCUUCAUCGCCCGGGAUAACGUCUCCAACUUCAUCCGGUGGUGCCGGCAGGACCUCGGCAUCCAGGACGUCCUCAUGUUCGAGACCAACGACUUGGUGCUGAAGAAGAACGAGAAGAACUUUGUCCUCUGCCUGUUGGAGGUGGCCCGGAGGGGCUCCAAGUUCGGCAUGCUGGCCCCCAUGCUGAUCCAGAUGGAGGAGGAGAUCGAGGAGGAGAUGAGGGACCAAAUGGCCUACGGCGCGCUGGGCACGCGCCAGGAGAGCCGGGACCCCCAGGCGCCCGCCUACCCCAGCAGGGCCCGGCCCAUCGCCCUCUGCGACCUGAAGAACCUGGAUGAGCUG